AUGACAGAUGAGUUUCUGUUUCAAGACAAUAAGAACCAUACUGUCUGUAUAAAUCCAACAAAAGGAACUUUAAACGAGAAACCUAUAAAUGAACUUCUUUUGAAAGCAGAUGUUGACAACAAAGCUGACAAAGAAUAUGUAGACGAUGCAAUAGCAAAAGAAGAAGAAAGAGCUAACAAUGCUUAUGCAACAAAAGAACAUACUCAUCCUGAACUAGCAGACAAAACAUAUGUUGACAAUAAAAUGUCAAGUGAAGUGACAAGAGCUGAAAACGAAUAUUCUAAAAAGACUCAUACACAUUCUAUAUCUGAAAUAACAGACUUAAACGUUAGCCUUGAAAAGAAAGCGGAUAAGGAUUGUGUGGCUAGUGCGUUAGAGAAGAAAGCAGAUAAGGAAUAUGUGGAUGAAAAAGAUAACGAAAUGAAAGAAAGGGUUGACUGGUACCAUGAACGGACAUCGAAGAUUUUAAAAACUAAAGCCGAUACAGGAUGGGUUUCAGGAUGUUUAGACCUUAAAGCAGAUAAAACUUAUGUUAACGAUGAGUUAGAGAAGAAAGCAGAUAAGACUCAUACACAUACAAGUUUUACAACUGUUGCUAUAGAAAGUAUUGAAGGAACGGUUGAAGAAACUGGUGGGGAUGCAAUAUAUUGUAAACCUCCUAACUUUCCACAAGGUUUAACAUCGGAUGACAACAUAACGACGAUGAGAAACAUUAGAUGUAAAGAUGUUUAUGUCAUGAAGGAUGAACAUAAUAUUAAAUUCACUGCUCAAGAUUUAUAUGACAAGAAAGCAGACAAAACAGAGCUUCAAACAUUAAAGACAGAAAUGCUUCAAACAUUAUAUCCUAUAGGCUCUAUUUAUACGUCAAUGAACUCUACCAGACCAGAAACAGUUCUGGGUUUUGGAACUUGGACUCAAAUAGUCGACAG